AUGGCGCCUUCCAAUACCGCACGAUCAGAUUCUUGGGCCGCCAAAGCGUCUGCCGACGAAAUGCAGCUCAAAGCACGAAAAGCACGACAUUUCGAAGAGACCGAAGCCGCACUCCCUCUCCUCAAGAUCGCCUCCCUCCCCGCCCAGCUCCUCAAUGUGACAAACGUCCUCGCGUACCUAGGUCGCCGGAACCCUCGCGCGCCAGCGCGAGUCAAGGAACGCCUCGUCGACCUUGUGGGCGUGAUUGCCCGCAUCAUUGGGCUCGCCGACGAGGCGCAGGAGUUUGAGACCCUGGAAGAGAGGCUGUUGCCGUUUGUGUGGGAUCUCCGCCCCGGGAGGAAGCUCACCGCCGUCCACAGCGAUAAGAGACUUGCGCUUGGGCCUACGGGGCCGAAUGGUAUUGCCGGUGACGUUGUCAAGCUUCCCGCGGGCGAAGCCGGCGCGCUCGCAAAGACGCACGCUGCCGUUCCUCAGGGGGUCACCGGCAUGCUAUCGUCGUGGACGUACUUUGCCGAACCGGAGGGCUGGUCCGUGGUUUCAGACGUCGACGAUACUAUCAAAAAUUCCGGAAUCAAUACUACCCCCGGUGCCAUUCUCCUCCGAGAAGUCAGCUGGCGCACCGUCGCCGGCCUCCUCACGGCGUUAACAAUGGCCACCGAGCAAUACAAGGCCGAGCGUCUCGAGAGGAUCCACAGCUGGUUCCCGAAGCGAAAGAUGAUCUUUGUCGGCGAUUCCACCCAGUCCGACCCAGAGGCGUACGGAGAGUUGUAUAGGUCGUAUCCCGGCUGGGUCAAGGGUAUCUUGAUCCGCAAGGCCACCGACAUCUCGUCGGUGGUCCUGUACCAUAGGAGCCCGGCCAAAACGCGCGCGACCGAGCAGCCCCAGGCUGAGAAGGCUGCACUGUUCAACCUCAACGAAUACCAGCGGAUAUUGGGCAGCAGCCGUCGCGAUCCUCCCACAACUCCCACGGUUGAUCUGAUUUUGAUCCAUGGCCUCCACGGCGAUGCGAUCAAAUCUUGGACAAACCCAGAGACGAAAGCGUUUUGGCCGAGGGAUUUUCUUCCUCUGGAUAUCCCUCAGGCUAGGGUUUUCACCUUUGGUUACGAUGCAGAUGCCGUGUUUGGGAGCACAACCGCCAACAUCGUCGACCAUGCGAAAGACCUUCUUAGCAGUCUGGUGGAUGAGCGAGAAGAGGAACCGGAAAUAACGCGGCCAAUCAUUUUCAUCGCUCAUUCACUCGGAGGAAUUAUCGCAAAACAGGCUCUAUUUUCGGCAAGCAUAGAGCGCCAAUACUACUGUAUCAAAGAGUCAACCCUUGGGGUCGUCUUCUUCGGAACCCCACAUCGCGGCAGCGACAAGUUGGAAUAUGGAAAGGUUCUGGCUGAUGUUGCUAGCAAGAUAAUGAAUGCUCCUCGUUCGGCACUAUUGCAGGCAUUGAAGGCAAACAGCCAUACACUCCUGCAACUAACGACCGACUUCAGGCACCAGUUGCCACAGUAUCAUGUCGUGAGCUUCUAUGAGACGAAACCCCUUCGGCCUUUGAAAGACUUGAUCGUUGCCAGAGAGUCGGCAUUGUUGAACACUCUCAUCAAGAGAAUAGGCAGGAUUACAAAGGCACAAUCCGCCAUUCAGACUUCGAUUCAACCAGCCAGUUACAAUCUACCAUUCUCUGUCCCCUUUCCGAAGAAUCUCGAUUUUGUUGGCCGCGACGUCGUUCUCAAGGACCUCCAGAGGAUACUAUUUCACACCCCUGGCCUCCAGCAUGCUGCCGUCUUUGGCCUUGGCGGCGUUGGGAAAACACAAGUUGCUCUCCGUAUUGCUUACUGGGUGAAAGAUAACCGACCAGACCAUUCGGUUUUCUGGGUGUCAGCUCUUAGCCAUGCGGCGUUUGAGCAGUCAUAUUGUGGGAUAAUGAAUGAAGCCGGGCUCCAGCGGGACGACGCAGAGGAUCCAAAACAGACGGUUCGGCGCCACUUGAACUCGGAUAAAGCGGGACCGUGGUUUCUUAUCAUCGAUAACGUCGAUGACCAAGAUAUUGCCUACACUAUAAACAACUACCUCCCACAUGGGGAGAGCGGCCGGAUCCUAUUCACAACCCGUGCCAAGACGGUUGCAAUCUCGCUCGCCGGGAGCAACUAUAUAAACCUCCUCGAAAUGUCUAGCACGGAAUCAAAGUCGUUUUUCAAGAGUGCUAUACACCAAAAGGAGUUGCUUGAGAACGAAUCAGGAGUAGAUGAUCUUUUGCAGCACCUCACCCAUCUACCAUUGGCCAUCAGACAAGCCUCAGCAUAUAUCAAUGAAAACGAAAUAGACCCGGAAAAGAGAAGAUAA